AGCCGGACGUAUUUUGAAUCCGCAACAAAUAUGGCGACCUCCACCCGUCAAUCAUGCCUCAAGUAUUUGUUACAUCUUGCCCAAGAUAAUCUGGACUUCAGGUUGCCGGAGAUUAAGUCCUUGCUGGCUCUCAGAGGAAAACCGUUCCAUUCUAGUGGAAACUUCCAAGAAAAGACUCCUUUCUGGUGUCUGGAUGGGUUGUCCGAGGAGGAUGUCCGCGGCGUCAUGGCCAGAUCUGUUUGUGCAAAGUCUGCCUUUGAACUUUGGGGCCACGGAAAAACGCACAUUGAGCUCAAAACAUCCCUCAUGAAGUACCCAACAGAGAACAUGUCACCAUUCAUGCGCAAAGACUCAACUUACAGAAUCAAUGUGUACACUUUCAACAAGACUCUGGAGUUUGAGCACAGAAUCAAAAGGAUUGAUUCCAUGGACUAUCUUCCGUUUGAAGGGACAGUGAACCUGAAGAGCCCUCAGCACAUCUUCUGUUUGUUGGAAGAUUACGGCACAGACCCCAACGACAUCCCCGAGCAUCCUAACUACAUCUAUUUUGGUCGAUGGAUAGCGGAUGGACAGCGGGAAUUGAUUCGCUCCCACAGCGUGAAGAACAGACACUUCAUAGGAAACACCAGUAUGGAUGCUGGACUAUCAUUCAUCAUGGCCAACCACGCCAAGGUCAAUAAGAAUGACCUUGUCUUUGACCCGUUUGUUGGCACAGGGAGCCUGUUGGUAGCAUGUUCUCAUUUUAGAGCCUACGUCUGUGGAACGGAUAUAGAUUACAACACUAUUCAUGGUAGAGGUCGGUCAAGCCGUAAAAACAAGACGUGGCGAGGACCUGACGAGAACAUCAGAGCCAACCUGCGGCAGUAUGGAACAGAGGACAUGUAUGUAGACGUCAUGGUGUCUGAUGCGUCCAAGCAUGUGUGGAGGGAGGCGGCUCUGUUUGAUGCCAUCAUCACUGAUCCUCCGUAUGGUAUCCGUGAGUCCACAAGGAGAACGGGCUCUCACAAAGACGUGACCAAACCCCAAGAUGCCAUCUAUGAAGAGUCUCACGUCUCUGUUACUCAGGCGUACCACCUGAGUGACAUCUUCACAGAUCUGUUGAACUUCUCCGCCCACCACCUGGUUUUGGGCGGGAGGCUGGUCUAUUGGCUACCUGUCUACAGACCAGAGUACUGUGUUGAGAUGGUGCCUCUGAACCCAUGUCUCCGGAUCAUCAGCAACUGUGAGCAGACGCUCUCCAGCCAUACAUCACGCCGCCUGAUCACCAUGGAGAAGAUCAAGAACCCUGAGGAACUUGACAGCCUGGCUUAUCUCGCAGACCCACGCUUCAGCCCUUACCAGGGACACAACGCCUUCAGAGAGAAGUAUUUUAGCGGAGUAAACAAGAGGUCUGGCAAGGAGGACAACAAAGCUGCUGUCAAUGGAGAGUGAAUGAAGCUAUUUCCUCAACAUGAAGUGUGAGUGUCUUUUUAUAGAUUAGAGAAAACAAGUCAACACCAGUGGACUCAAAGAUGGGAACAAACUCCUCGCUUAUUUCUUAUAAUUUUUAAAAACCUUUUUCACGAUUUUAAUUAUGGUAAUGUUUUAUGCCUGUACUUAUUGCUUUCCAAAUAAAUUGUUAAAAUAC